AUGGGCUCUUUGCACAACAUUGUUUGCUGUGAUGUUUUGGUGGUCGGCGCAGGUCUCAGUGGUAUUGCCGCUCUCUACAAGCUGCGGAAAUUAGGCCUCAGUGUGAAAGCAGUCGAGACUGGCCCAGAACUUGGGGGCACAUGGUACUGGAACAAAUACCCAGGUGCGCGUGUCGAUUCCGAAUUUCCUUUCUACCAGUUGGACAUCCCUGAGGUCUGGAAGGACUGGAAAUUCACGGAAAGAUUCCCGGAUCGCAACGAGCUGCGAGCAUAUUUCAAGCAUGUCGACAACGUCUGUAAACUCUCGAAAGAUACAUAUUUCAACGCUAAAGCGUAUAACAUGUCAUGGGACGAAAGCAGAGGCAUAUGGACCGUCUCAAUGGAUACAGGACUUGUCAUCAAAAGCAAAUACGUUGUUGUGGCGAGCGGCUCUUUGGACAAACCAUACACUCCCAACUUCCCCGGCCUGGACGAAUUCAAGGGCGAGAUUUACCAUUCUAGGGAGUGGCCUGACAACGCGACUCUGAAAGGUAGAAAGAUUGCCGUUAUCGGUGCAGGGGCAACGGGAAUUCAGGUAGUUCAAGAAUCAGCGAAGCUUGCCAGCGAGCUGUCCGUCUUUAUUCGACGACCUAGCACUUGUCUACCCAUGGUGCAGAGACCUCUCACUGACCAGCUCCGGAAUACGCAACGGGAUUCCUUUCCAGAGCUCUUUCGCGACUGUCGUCUUUCAUGGUCCGGCUUUCCUUUGAAACGUGGUCCAAAAGCAAUGGAAACGCCUGCCGAGCAGCGAGAAGCUAUCUUCGACGAAACAUGGGCCAAAGGAGGUUUUGCGUUCCUCGCUGCCUUCUCAGAUGCAAGGACUGAUCCAGAAGCAAACAGAUUGGUUUACGACUACUGGAAGAAGAAAGUUCGCGCCAAGAUCUCAGAUCCGAUCAAGCGAGAGAUACUUGCACCAACAGAGCCACUCUACUACUUCGGCACCAAACGCAGCCCACUUGAACAAGACUACUACGAGAUGAUGAACAAGGACCAUGUGAAGUUGGUCAGCUUGCUCAACAAUCCCUUCGAAAAGUUUACUCAAAACGGUGUCAUCAUGAAGGACGGUACUACUCACGAGUUCGACAUUUUGAUAGUGGCCACCGGGUUCGAGAGCUUUACUGGAUCCUACUAUAAACUCGGCCUCAAAAGCCGUAGCAAGGUGGAAUUGCAGGAUACUUGGGCGUCUGAGAUACACACCUACCUUGGUCUUAUGAUCAGCGAUUACCCAAAUCUUUUCACUGUCUUUGGUCCUCAAGGUAUGCAGAUGCGCCUACAUAUUCUGCUCAAUUGCUAA